CCCCCUCCUAAGAAAAGGUUGCAAAACACCAGUAAGGUAAAUUUUGGAAAUUCAGGCUUUCAGGCAAAUGGGAAAUUCCGAGGGGAGGCACCCCACUCCCCAAGAACACCUUAUUUCUCUAAUCUCCAAGGAAAGAGCACUUGAUUAGGAGUCAGGACAUCUGUGUUUCCUGGCACUGCCACUUACUGGCUCUGUGACCUUGGAUAAUCUCGUAAUCUUUCCGAGCCUCAGUUUCCUCAUCUGUCAAAUGGGGUUGAGAGGAAUACCUACCUUACAGUGUUGUGGGGAAUUACUCGGAUAAAGGGUAUGAACAUGUUUUUAAACUGUAGAGGGAAGGGCUGUGUUAUUAUGAGAUGUUAUCAUUCUUCUCUCUUUUUCUUCCCAGAGACCCCCCCGGCCGCCCUCCUCCUUCCCUUGUUCCUGUGGCUGGGGGGGUACCCCCUCCCUCCACGCCAUGGAGCCAUCUCCUCUCUCUCCCAGUGGGGCAGCACUCCCCCUGCCUCUGUCACUGGCCCCACCCCCACUGCCCCUGCCUGCAGCUGCAGUGGUCCACGUGUCCUUCCCUGAGGUGACCAGUGCCCUUCUGGAGUCCCUCAAUCAGCAGCGGCUACAGGGCCAGCUCUGCGAUGUGUCCAUCCGAGUGCAGGGCCGGGAGUUCAGGGCUCAUCGUGCUGUCCUGGCUGCCUCCUCCCCUUACUUCCACGACCAGGUUUUACUCAAGGGCAUGACCUCCAUCUCUCUGCCCAGCGUCAUGGACCCGGGCGCCUUCGAGACUGUCUUGGCUUCUGCUUACACUGGUCGCCUUAGCAUGGCUGCUGCUGACAUUGUCAACUUCCUGACAGUGGGGUCGGUGCUCCAAAUGUGGCACAUCGUGGAUAAGUGCACUGAACUCCUCCGCGAAGGCCGGGCCUCAGCCACCACCACCACCAUCACCACUGCUGCUGCCACUUCUGCCACUGUCCCUGGUGCUGGGGUCCCAUCGGGGAGUGGGGCCACUGUGGCCCCUGCCACCAUGGGCUCUGUGCGCUCCCAUGCCUCCAGCCGAGCCAGUGAGAAUCAGUCCCCCAGCAGCAGCAACUACUUCAGCCCCCGAGAGUCCACUGAUUUCUCAUCUUCUUCCCAAGAGGCAUUUGCAGCUUCUGCAGUGGGCAGUGGGGAACGUCGAGGAGGUGGCCCUGUAUUCCCAGCCCCUGUGGUUGGCAGUGGCGGGGCUACCUCUGGGAAGCUGCUGCUGGAGGCAGAUGAGCUCUGCGAUGAUGGGGAUGGGAGAGGUGCUGUGGUCCCUGGGGGUGGGCUCCGGCGGCCCACCUAUGCACCCCCCAGCAUCAUGCCACAGAAACACUGGGUAUAUGUGAAGCGGGGUGGAAACAGCCCAGCACCGGCACCCCUCGUUCCCCAAGACCCAGAUCUGGAAGAGGAUGAGGAGGAGGAAGACCUGGUGUUGACCUGUGAGGAUGAUGAAGAUGAAGAGCUCGGGGGUGGCUCCAGGGUUCCCGAGGCUGGAGGACCAGAGGCUACCCUUAGCAUAAGUGAUGUCCGGACCCUGACUGAGCCUCCGGACAAGGGAGAGGAGCAGGUCAAUUUCUGUGAGUCCUCCAAUGACUUUGGCUCCUAUGAGGGUGGGGGUCCUGGGGCGGGGCUUGAUGAUUCCGGGGGGCCAACCCCUUCCUCCUAUGCCCCCUCCCACCCUCCGAGGCCCCUGCUUCCCUUGGACAUGCAGGGCAACCAGAUCCUGGUCUUCCCAUCAUCUUCAUCCUCCUCCUCCUCCUCCUCCUCCUCACAGGCCCCAGGCCAGCCACCAGGGAACCAAGCUGAACACGGGGCGGUGACCCUGGGGGGCACCUCAGCCGGGAGCCUGGGCAUGCCGGGUGGUGCUGGGGGGACCCCUGGAGGGGCAGGCAGUGGGGAUGGGAAUAAGAUCUUUUUGUGCCACUGUGGGAAGGCCUUCUCCCACAAGAGCAUGCGAGAUCGGCACGUGAACAUGCACCUCAACCUGCGGCCCUUUGACUGCCCUGUGUGCAACAAAAAGUUUAAGAUGAAGCACCACCUGACCGAGCACAUGAAGACACACACAGGUCUCAAACCCUACGAGUGUGGCGUCUGCGCCAAGAAGUUCAUGUGGCGAGACAGCUUCAUGCGCCACCGGGGACACUGUGAGCGCCGGCACCGCCUGGGCGGGGGCGGACCUGGACCCGGAGGGCCCGCUGGGCCAGCCCUGCCGCCCAAGAGAGAGUCUCCUGGAGUGGGUGGGGGCAGCGGCGACGAGGCGAGUGGGGCCACGCCCCAGUCCAGCCGAAGGGUCUGGUCCCCACCCAGUGUCCACAAGGUGGAGAUGGGCUUUGGUGGAGGAGGAGGAACAAACUGAAGGGGGGGGCUCCUGGAGGCAGCUUUCGGGGAAGAGGAAACCGGGAGCACCAGCCAGGGGCGCUGUGGCCCUCAGGUGAUCUCCCACCACGCUUACUGUCUUCCUUAUCUCUACCGGACUUGUAUAUAUUUUGGAGGGGGAACAAUGUUGCACCAUCGGCCACCCCAUUCCAUCCCUCAGCCCCUCUCCCACAAAGUAUCCCUGGAACUAAGUCCUUCCUUUCCCUCAGCUCCAGACUAGGGCGCAUAUGGUGGUGGGGGGAGGGAAAGGGGCUAUGGAGCAUCCUGGAGUCACAGGGUCAAGGGUCAGGUGGUUGUAGUCUGUACCUGAAGUCUGUGUUUGUGUUGUUGUGGGGACCAGGUUUUGAGCCCCACCCUUGUCCUAGAACCUACCCCACCCCGCUAAGGACGUGCCCUUUAUUUCCACCCUAAUCCCUCCUAUCUCUCCUUGGGGGACCUCCAACUGGAUUCUCAUUGAGGAGGGAGUGAAGACAAGGAGGGAAUAUAAGUCGUAAGAAUACAAGGUUUUUAUUUUAAAUCUUAUUUUUUUUUAAAUGGUGAUUAAAAUAUUUAUUGGUCAUUUCACUUGGCUUGCCAACAGCCCCUAUGUGUUUGCUGGGGAUCCGAAGCAGGUUGGGGAAAGCGGAGUAACGGUUCUCUAGGAAGUAGUUUCUGGAAGGAGGGCACCGAGGGGGAGCCUAGGGUUGGGGAGGGUUUCUGGAAGUGGGUGGUGCUGUGUGGUCCAAGAGGGAGGGGCGGGGCGGGGCGGGGCUGAGGUCCCCAGAUCAGAACUGGAGAUAGUGUUCCGGGAUCUGUGCCUGGCCUGUGCGGAAAGCACCUGCCUCCCACGUGGCCUCACCCAACCAGAGGGGAUUUCCGGCGACUCUCCAGCCGGCCUUUCAAGGAAAAUGAAAGUGAAAGGGAGAAGUGGAGGUUUCAGAGCUGAGCAGAUCGCUGCGCCAUGAAGCCCCUGUCUCUGCUCCUCUCCGUGGCUUUGGGCUUGGUGACCGCCGUCUCGGCGGGACCCGCGGUGAUAGAGUGCUGGAUGGUGGAGGACGCGGGCGGGGGCCGCCUGACCAAGAAACCCGCCGCACUGCUGCUGCGCCAGGGCCCAGGGAGACUACCUCCCCGGCCGGACCUCGAACCCGAGCUCUACCUCAAAGUGCGCGACCCCGCGGGAGCCCUGCAGGCUGCCUUCAGGCGGUACCCCUCGGACGCCCCUGCGCCACACUGCGAGAUGAGCCGCUACCUCCCGCUCCCUGCCUCAGCGAAUUGGGCCAGUGGCUUGACCCCGGAGCAGAGCUGCCCUCGGGCCCUGGAUGGGACUUGGCUCAUGGUCAGCGUGUCCAGCCCGAUCUUAAGUCUCUCCAGCUUCCUGAGACCAGAGUCCGAGCCUCAGCCGGAACCUAAUCUCAUCACCAUGGUAACAGCUGUGCUGACUGUCCUCACCCACACCCCCACCCCUCGGAUCCGACUGGGACAAGAUGCUCUGCUGGACUUGAAGUUUGCCUACAUGCCCCCCACCUCUGAGGCCGCUACAUCUCUGGCCCCAGGUCCCCCUCCCUUUGGGCUGGAGUGGCGACGCCAGCACCUGGGCAAAGGGCACCUACUCCUGGCUGCAACGCCUGGGCUGAGUGAGCAAAUGCCACCUGCCCAAGAGGGGGCAGUGGCAUUUGCUGCUUGGGAUGAUGAUGAGCCGUGGGGUCCGUGGACUGGAAAUGGGACCCUCUGGCUGCCUGCAGUGCAGCCCUUCCAGGAGGGCACCUAUCUGGCCACUGUACACCUGCCAUACCUGCAAGGGCAGGUCGCUCUGGAGCUUGCUGUACAGAAGCCACCCAAAGUAUCCCUGACACCGGCACCUCUUGUAUGGGCUACCCGGGGGGAGGCACCCCCCCAGUUGCAAUGCCUCGUGUCCCACUUCUAUCCCUCUGAGGGUCUGGAAGUGGAGUGGGAGCUCCGGGGUGGCCCAGAGGGCAGCUUUCAGAAGGCUGAGGGGCAGAAGUGGCUCUCUGCCCUGCUCCACCACUCAGACGGCACCGUCAGCCUCUCUGCGCACCUGCAGCCAGUCCCCAUAACUGCCGAGCAUCAUGGGGCACGCUAUGCCUGUCGUGUCCACCACCCCACCCUGCCGGCCUUGGGGCGCAGCGCAGAGGUCACCCUGGAGGUGGCAGGUCUGUCUGGGCCCACCCUGGAGGAUGGCGUAGGCCUCUUCCUGUCUGCCUUUCUCCUCCUCGGGCUCAUCAAAGCUCUGGGCUGGGCUGCUGCCUACAUGUGUACUUCGAAGGAUUCAAAGAAGAAGAAAGCCCAGUGAGAACACUCACCACCAUCCUGGGGAAGCCGCCGUCAUCUCUGGUUUGAGCUACUGUACUAGCUCCACCAAAUAGUACACCAUCAUCUGCUCAUGCUCCCUCCAACCUCUCUCUCUCCAAGGAGCGGCUGGAAUGCUUUUUUUAAAGGACACAAAUCUAUAGCAUUUCCCUUCUUAGAGCUCUAAGGCAGUGGUUCUCGAUUUUUGUUGUUUUUAAUCUCCGGACCACUUAAAAACGGUCAGGAACUCUAAAGAACCUUUGCUUGUGUGGGUUAUAAACUAGAUAUUAAUGAUACUAGAACUUAAAACUGAGAAAAAUUUAACACAAGAACACAUAAGCACGCAUUCCAUUAGCUGUGAGGACGAUGAGGUCAAUACUCAGCUGCUGGAAAACUCCACAGUACAUUGUUUUUAGAGAAUGAGAAUGAAAAAGGCAAGUAACAUCUUAGUAUUGUUAUGAAUAGCCUUAAUUUCAUAAACCCACUGAAACAGUCUCCAGGACCACUGGGACAGGCGUCACAUUUGGGGAACCAGUGCUCUAGAAGCUAAAUCCGUUCUUGUCCUGGCCUGUGCAUCUCCCACGUUGGAGCCACUGCUUGCCUCUUCAACCCCACCUCUGCCCUCCAGCCCUCCCCUCAAUGUUCACCACACCGAUGGCUAUUCCUUUUCUCCAACGGCUCCCACCUUCCCUGGUCUGUUCCCUUUGUCUGUUCUGCCCUCGCCCUCUCUGGGCUCCAGGACAGCCUCGUUAUUCCCUCAGACCGCUGCGUGUUCCUCCUGUGCGGUUCAUCAGUUGUAUUUAAGAGAUUGUACGAGUCGUUGUUAAAUGCCUGUCUCCCUUUCCGGACCGUCGGCUCCUCAAAGGCCAGGACGUGCCUGUCUGUCCACUGCUGUGUCCCCGCUGCGGCACAGGGCCAGGCGCCCACUGGAGGGCGCUCAUCAGAAGAAAUUAGUCUUUUUUACAUCCUAAGUAUUGAACAGCAAGUGUUGGGUCAGGUAACUACUGGACGAAGGAAGCGGCGGCUUGGCCUAGGGACGUCCGAGGGGCAGGACAGUAGGCCAGGCCGCUGGAAUAAAGUUAUGCUCUGGUGCUCCCAA